AAAUUGGAAUCUCCAAAGAAGAGGUACUGGAAGCGUUACAGAUUGUGAGGCAGGAAUGUCAUGGGGACACAGGAAGGGCUGCCGGGGGAUCAGGUGCCACCAGAAAGUGCACAGCGCUGGAACUUCUGGAGGAAGAGCAAGCCCAGGGCUUCAUCAUCACCUUCUGUUCAGCACUAGACAAUAUUCUGGGAGGUGGUGUGCAACUAACAAAAAUCACCGAGAUCUGUGGAGCGCCUGGCGUUGGGAAAACACAGCUAUGUAUGCAGUUGGCAGUAGAUGUACAGAUCCCGGAAUGCUUUGGGGGUGUAGCUGGAGAAGCUGUGUUCAUUGAUACUGAAGGAAGUUUUAUGGUAGAGAGAGUAGUGGAUAUUGCAUCUGCCUGCGUGCAGCACUGCCGGCUUAUCGCUGAAGCUCAUCAAGAAGAAGAUCAUCUGAAAGCUUUGGAGACUUUCUCUCUUGAAAGUAUCCUUUCUCACAUAUAUUAUUUCCGUUGCUGUGACUACAUAGAGCUUCUUGCACAGGUUUACCUCCUCCCAGACUUUCUUUCAGAGCAUUCAAAGGUCCGACUGGUGGUAGUUGAUGGAAUUGCAUUUCCUUUUCGCCAUGUCUUUGAGGACCUCUCGCAUCGGACAAGGCUUUUGAACGGUCUGGUGCAACAGCUGAUCAUCAUAGCAAACGAUCAUAAAUCAGCGGUAGUUCUGACAAACCAAAUGACAACAAGGAUUGGACAAAAUCAGUCCACAUUGGUACCUGCUUUAGGAGAAAGCUGGGGACAUGCUGCUACUGUCCGUUUAAUCCUUCACUGGGACAACAGUCAGAGGUUGGCAACAUUGUACAAAUCACCGAGUCAGAAGGAGUCGACCAUACCAUAUCACAUUACAGCUCAUGGCUUCCGAGACGUGCAGCCUCCAGCUGUCACUCAAAAUGCAGAAUAUACUGAGAUGAACCCUCGCAAGCGGCCACGGAGAGAAGAGGAAAAGUGAUAGCGAUUCAAAAGUUGAAUGUUAAAAAAUGUGUGCUGCAUGAGAACAUGCAUAGUGAACGUGCAACCAAAGGUAGCCUGAGAGGCUGUACCUGUUCUGGACAUUAUUUUAACAUUAAGACUGCAAAAU